AUGUAUGAUGCAACAAAUUUUGUCGUAGCAUAUCCAAAUCAUAAUACUUUAGCCAUAAUUGUUUUUGUUACUUCCUUGUUUAUGCAAAUUAUUGGUCAUAUAUUUGUUGAGAGAAGUGGUCCUGCAGCAAAAGAGAACAUUUUAAAAGCAUUUCUUCUUGCACCUUUAUUUGCUUGGAUGGAAGUUCUUUUCUCUUUAGGAUAUCGACCAGCACUUCAAAAAAGAAUAUUCUCACAAAUUGAUGCUAGAAGUAGACAAUUGGGUUAA